GAUUCUGCUGUAUUUGGUCAGUAUCGCAAUCCAGGUAACAAAUAAAUAGCGCUCAAGUUUUUUGAGAGAAUUACAUCGACUCCAUAAUUCUGACAAGAAUGGAAGCGGCGACAUUCUACAAGACACAGAGACCACAACGUGUUUCAGCUAUGAUGCCGUCCUCAGCAACCAAAAAGGUAAAGCAGAGGACACCUGCAACUCCCACCACGAGAGGAAAAGUAAGAAUGGUGAAAAAGAGAGCGGCUAGCGUUCUCUCGUCGCCGCUAGUUUACUUGGGAUCACCAAAGAAUCCACUAGUUGCUGAGAUCGGGGACCUCCGAAGUCGACUGGCAAAAAUCGAACGACGGCUGGCCCAACCCGAGGUAGUGGGACCGUGUGAGGGGUGUGCGGCCCUAAAGACGCAGCUGGAGGAUGUGACCCAGAGACUGGAACAGCUGGAAAAAGACAGAACCUCCAUUCCUCCAAUGCGGCGGCAGCUCACCUCUCCCUCCCCACACUCCUCUUGUGGACGUCGCCUAUUUGGGUCUCCGGACUCUGACCAGGGCAACGCUGAACUGAGCAUGUCACCAUCGUUUUUAACCUCCACCCCAGCCCGCCAUCUCAGCCUUAACCUGAAGAAAGGCACGCAGCUUCCAGAUGUGCCUCUCAGGCCUCUGACUGCUGAAAGGGAGGAGACAUUUUAUAAAGAGUGUCUCCAGCGAGGAGAGCGUCGCCCAGAUAUACAGAUCUGGCCAUUCAAAUUGCGCGCCGGAAGGAACGUGAUCUCGCGUGACACCGCA